AUGUCUCGCCGUAAUCAUUUGGUUAAUAUGUUACUCGAGGAGGAUGAUACUGUCAAUGACGAUUUUUCUCUGCUCGCAACUUUAAUCGUGGAGGAGGAAGAAGAUCAUCCAGCUGCACGCCGUGGUCAUGAAAGACUUUAUCGUGAUUAUUUUGCUGAGACACCCACAUACCCUCCCAACAUAUUUCGAAGGAGGUUUCGAAUGAAUCGUUCUCUAUUUCUCCGAAUUUUAUCUGCCGUCGAAGGAUUUGAUCCAUAUUUUGCGCAAAAAAGAGAUGCUAUUGGCGUGCCUGGUUUGUCUUCGCUUCAAAAGGUAACUACUGCACUUAGGAUUCUUGCUUAUGGAGCAUCUGCAGAUUCUGUAGAUGAUUACGUACGGAUUGGCAAAAACACUGCCAUUGAAAGCGUCAAAAGGUUUGUUAGAGCAAUUAUUGCUUUAUUUCAUGAACAAUAUUUAAGAUUGCCAAACAAUGAGGAUGUGAUUAGGUUAUUAGCUAUGAACGAAAGACGCGGUUUCUCUGGAAUGUUGGAAGGUCGUGCUCCUCCAGUAAACUACACAAUUAAUGACAACAAUUACUCGAUUGGAUACUAUCUUGCUGAUGGUAUAUAUCCAUCAUGGUCAACAUUCGUCAAGACUAUUCCAGCUCCACAAGGUAAUAAGAGGCAAUUCUUUGCUAAAGCUCAAGAAUCGGCUCGCAAAGAUGUUGAGCGAGCAUUUGGGGUACUGCAAUCCCGUUUUGCAAUCGUGCGUGGACCGGCACUUUAUUGGGAGAUUGAUACUUUAUUGGAUAUUAUGCGAGCGUGUGUAAUACUACACAACAUGAUCGUUGAGGAUGAGCGAGACCAUUAUGGUAUCAAUUUCAAUUACGAUACAAUUGAGGGGUAUACGCCGCCAAAUAUUUCACAUUCACUCAUACCUGAAACUAUGGAGUACGUUGACACUUAUUAUCGUAUUAGAAAUAGGCAGAGUCACUCUCAAUUGCAAGCAGAUCUUGUUGAACAUCUUUGGCAAUUACAUGGUGGAGAAUAA